UGUGUGCCAUUAUUACUUGAGCAAUCUCGUUUUUCUUAUUCUCUCUAUCUCUCUCUCUCUCUCUCUCUCUUUCCUUUCCUUUCCUUUCCUUUUCUUUUCCCCUUUUUUUAGUUAUCAUAUCUUCGUGCACCACGCAGAAAAGACAGGAUUAUAUCCAAUCAAUUACAAAAAGGAUAUAACUUUACGAACAUUGACAUAACAUAUUUGAAUAAAAAAAAAACUCCAAUAUAAUGGAAGAUCCACAAUCUUCAUUAGCUCUUGCAUCUCACCAUUUUGACAAUGGUCAAAUAAAAGAUGCCUACAGUAUAUUUUUAUCCACAGCCCAAAGUGCUAUAAAACCGUUGUUUGACGUUAAAUUUGUCCAUAAUUCGAUUGUAUCGAAACCAGCAAAUUCUGUAGCAUUAUUAUCUAUAUUACAUACAUGUGUUGAUCAUAUUGAAAAGAUAAUGGAAUAUCAUUCACCUACUACCAAAAUUGCACCUCCUUUACCACCAAAACCAACUCAUGUUAGCAAGCCGGUCUUGCCACCUAAACCCACCUCCAAACUUCCUCCUAUACCCAUUCCAUCAAAGACGACACCACUUCUAAUGAAACGAUCUGUAUCAAACAGAGAAAAAGUAACGCCAUCAACUACUCAACAACAUACCCGAUCCAAUUCAUCGAUGCAAAAUAAUUUAUCAAGCCCACAACCUGAAUUAAACAGUGAAAUAGCUGACGGGGAAAUUGACCCCACGCAUCUUGUUCCUGCCCAGACAAGCAAUAGCGAUAGUUUAACACCCACUGGUGGUUCCAACGGGAUUAAAACUGACCACAUACCUCUUAUACCCGUACCGCCUCUCCUUACAACACACAGGGUAUUACAAGCAAAAUUAGAUGAGCUUGAGUCAUCAUUAAAAGAUUAUCGUGUGCGAAAACAACAGCUGAGUCGAGGAGAAGAACAGCAAUUUAACUAUCAGAUGACAGAAAUUGAAUUAAAUGAAGCCAUUUCCAAAUAUACCCCAUUUGUGGCAGAGGCGAAACACACGCUAAAUAGAGUUCGGACAUUAUACAUGAGUGCCGCUACUAUACCUAGUAUACUUCACUUCGCGCCUGGUUUAGUUGCUUACCAAAUCACAAGAAUUGAAUCAGCCAUCUUUCUUGCUAUUCCUAAUCACGCUUUAUUAUCUCACGCUCCCAAAUCACCUCACCCUCGCGUAGUCGCUUCCACCGAUUUCUUUAAUUACAUAACUAGACUAAUCGAGCAUUCGAUUUUACUGCCACAAGAAGCAUCUGUGCGUGCUCAGCAUAUCAAUCAUUGGAUUAAAAUUGCCAACAAAUGUCAAGAUUUGAACAAUUAUCAGACACUCAAAGCUGUUGUAUCUGCACUAGGAACUCCUCCUGUUCAAAGGUUGAAACGCACAUGGGCGUAUAUCCCAAAAAAAAGCUUGGGACGAUUGGAUGCAAUGAACGAGCUCAUGUCUGAGCAUAACAAUUACGGAAAAUAUCGCGAACAUAUGGGUCUUGUAUCCACUGCCGUUUUAAAUGGCAAAAGUGUCAACUUGAUUCAGUCUGAGCAUUACAAGAGACCGACAGUUCCGUUCUUGGGCACUUUCAUUCACGAUAUGACCUAUCUGCUGGCAGCCGUAGGUCAGCAACAGCAAAAGACAAGUACCGAGCCUCCCAGUAUUCCCAUGAGAACCUCUUCAAGACAAUAUCAUGGUAGUGUACAACCUCAGCAUCAAGAUCCUCGUAUCAAUAAACUUUUGGAAACCUUAAGCAAGUUCCAGGCAACUCCGACUUAUGAUAGAAAGCCCAAUGUGGCCAAUGCAAAGAUGAUACAAAAAAGUCAGGGCCAAGUCCGACCUUCUUUGUCACAGGCUAUCCAUCGUAGUAAGUCUAGUUUUGGUCGAUUAGGAGGCGCGAUUGGUUUCGGCAAUAGUAACACAGCAAUUAAUACCGUCGAUGGUAGCACAACAACCGACUAUUUCAAUGGAACCAGUCAUGGAAGCGAAACCAGUGCAUUCGAUGGUACAGGCAAAGAUGAUUUUGACACCGAAGAACAACAAAGCUUAGUCACACAAUACCUAUUGAUGCGUUCUUGGGUGAGUCAAAACACAGUAGACGAGCUAAGUUUAUUACGCGAACCUGCAUCUGCAUCUAGUAAAAUUGGUUCGGGAAGAUCAAGCAGUAUGGGAAGUCAUUAUACGAACUCCGUGAUGAGUAACACAAGUUCAUUGAUGCGUAUCAACAGCAGCCACAGUCCGGCUACAAGUAGCACUCUGACGUUUGCCUCUUCAAUGUAUGACAACAGUAGACCUGCUAGUUUUGAUGAUUAUCCUUUGCAUUCUCCCAGGUCCUAUAUCUAUGGAAGAGAAUCUGCAAACACAGCUCCUCUUACUUCUUGUUCAACUUUGGAAGAUAAUGAUGAUGAUGAAUACGAUCUUUUACCGCACCAUCCAGUUAUUGUGUCACCGCAGGAUGGCUCUUGGAAUGAAUCCAUGUAUAACCAAGAAAAAUUACCAGGUGCACCUUUAGUACCUCCCAGACCUAUCCCUAAUAAUCAAACACCGAUUGCAACUUCCUUCAAGACCAUUCCCCCAAGAAUGUCAUAGAAAACCACUGCGAACAACUUAAGGAUAAUGUUAUUUUUUUUGGGGGGGAUAUCCACUAAAUAAAAUAAAGUUUCUUUGUAUCCAAUCCUUUGCAUGAAUAUAAACCCAAUGGGUUAUUUCAAGCACGUACACA